AGGAAGGAAACCGGGACAGAUGCUGGCACGGGAUACAAGGCGGUUGUCGAGCCCACUCGCCUACAGUCGUCGCAGACAGAGCAUCGCAGGGAGGACGCUGCCCCACUGAAGACCAACACUGGUGCAGGAAUACUAUUACCAACGGGAGUUGAAUUUACUUGCUGGAAUGGGAACUGGCCCGCCCCGACCUCUUUUACGAAGUGGAUAUGUGUGUUAAAGUUCACCAAGGAGGUUAUGGUAAUAGUCCGUUUUCCCAUGGUCACGCUACUGUGUUCUGCUAAGAGUUCUGGGAUCUGCCCUGAAUAACAGGACCACUAAUUUGCUGUGAACGAUCCACUUCAUUCAGGUUGUCUGCAUUCGUACGUGCUUCUGUACAGCGACCACUACGUAUUUUCCACAACGCUGCUCAAUGGAUAGGAGCAAGUUUUAGGACCAACUGCAACAUUACCCCAUCUACUCGAAACCGGAAAAGCAAAACUGGUUUAUUUUCGUACAACAGUUUCCCUAUUUAACUCUGAACAGUCGGCAGUUGUCAAGGGUGUCAGUCAGAACAAUGGGUUCCGCGUCUUCCCGAAGGAAAGCAAACAAAAGUAAGAUAAAAACAGUCACUUUAUCUGAAUCAGCUCGUGCGUCUGGAAAGACGAAGGGGAGUUCCAAAAAGGGUGGAAAAAGCAGUAAAGCAAGCAUCAACAACAGCAGCAACGACAUCAUCCCCUGGGAUGCACAGAGCAACAGCGUCAAGGUGACGGACAAGACACGAGUGUUCCAGAGGAGCAAGUCGGAACCUGCAGUAAAGACCAACCUCAACAGCUCCCUCUCAACUUCUCUGCGUUUCAGUGACUUCUGUAAGAUAGUGCGGAAAGAGAGGGUCGAAACGGACGAGAUAAAGCCCAUCUACAUUCCGUAUAUCACGACGCACAAGUUGACACCCGACAGUCUUUGCCAUAUAUGCAGUGUUUAUACCGGAAGUGAGGUAUACUCAUGCGCCGUGUGCUUCCGUGUGUACCACGAGAGUUGUUUGACAAAAAUCGGACAAUGCCAGAACGAGGCUGUGAAGUACCUGCAUGCGAGCCAAUCAUCAUCUGGUUGGAGUUGUCACCUUUGUGACAAUGUGAGCAACCUGUUAACGGAAGAAGAGAUGGUAGGGCUUCUCGACAUGUUCCGCAAGUGUAACGUCACAGCAGGUGAAGAUCUCACUCGAGAUCAAUAUUUCUCCUACCGGAAGCUGCACUACAAGGGGCAGCUGGGAACGGAAAUGACGUCAGAUGAGUUGAGGGAUGAGCUGCUAGUUGUCAGUCAACUAAGCAAGGGGUUGACUGGCCGCGUCUCUUGGAGCAACUUCCUGAAUCACGAGGCUCUCAAAGUGCUUGAAAGAAGGAACAAAAACUCCUUGGUCCGUUACCUGACUGAACCGGAAAUAGCGUGUGCCCGGGAGAUUGUGAAAGCACGAGACAAGACUGGAAGGGGGGACAUAUCCCGCGAUGAUUUACUGCGUCUGACGUCACAGUUUGAUCAGAUCUUCCACGUGACCUAUAGACAAGACAAGAUAGAAUUUGCCGACGACGACCUCACAGGUUCCGUCAACUGGGAACGAUUCCUCAGGGAUAUGUCCGUAUUCAUCAUAGCAGGGAGGCUUAACAUCUUCAGACAGGCUGUGGCGGAAGCUAAGAAGUGCGCACACGCAGAGAUGGUCUCCCAGCAGACGGUAGCCAAGUCAACUUCCUCUGUUACCAUAACAACCAAACCGACGCCUCGCAAGGUGACGUCACGGUCGUUGUACGUUAUCAACAGCGCCUAUGGACGACUUCUUGGGGACACACGAGCUCAGAAGAGGCCAAUGUCUUUGGCAUAGGCCCAUAAGAAGGAUCGCUGCCGGGUCUUGGCACUAUAUAAGAAGGAUCACUGCCGGGUCUUGGCGCUAUAUAAGAAGGAUCACUGCCGGGUCUUGGCGCUAUGUAAGAAGGAUCACUGCCGGGUCUUGGCGCUAUAUAAGAAGGAUCACUGCCGGGUCUUGGCGCUAUGUAAGAAGGAUCACUGCCGGGUCUUGGCGCUAUAUAAGAAGGAUCACUGCCGGGUCUUGGCGCUAUGUAAGAAGGAUCACUGCCAGAUCUCA